AGAUGAUCUCUGAAGAGGAUCCUUACCCAACAUCAGUGGAAAAUCCCAACGCCGCCGAUGUGGGUGCCAACGAGAAUAUAACUAACUCGGAAACAAAGAAUGCCAACUUCACUCUUGAAGUUCGUAUCACGGAUUUUGAGAAGAAGGGCGAUGGAAUGAAUGCCUACAUUGUUUACAAGCUCAUAACAAAGUCUGAAGGCGUACCCGGCAUAGCUGAUAAAACUUACGAAGUAUGGAGACGUUUCUCGGACUUUCUGGGUCUUCACGACAAACUCUUCGAGAAGUAUAUCUCUAAAGGAGUGAUAGUACCAGCUGCUCCUGAAAAGAGCAUUCGCUGCGAUGACCAAAACGAAGCAACAUCACGAGAAGUAGCAAUCCGUCGAGCAAGGCAACUAGAGCGUUUCGUUAAACGUGUUAUUCAACACCCAAGACUUCGCGUGGAUUGUGAUGUUCGUGAUUUCUUGACCAUGGAGGCUGAAUUACCACGUGCAAGUCAAACGUCUACGUUGUCUGGCGCAGGUGUGAAGCGAAUAUUCAAGAGCGUUGGAG